AGCAUUGGUUUGCUGGCGACAGCUCCUCCCAGCAGGGUUCGAAGCAUGGCACUCCCAACACCGAUUCUGGAGGAUUUGGAGUGGGCGUGGGAGGAGCUGGCUGCCUCUACCGAAACGAUGAUGCGGAUGCGGGAGGAAGAUCGCAAAUGCUUUGAAAGUCAAGGAUCCAAGUCAUUGGACAAGACCGCGCGCCUUGGGGCUGUACGUGCGGUGGGCGCAACCUGUUCGGACUCACAUUGGUCUAAGGCGGUUCUACUGCUGGAUCGCUACAGCUCAUAUUGCGCGAGCCUUCCGAAGCUGCCACUGACCUGUGCCGCGAUUGCAAGAAUCGUGGCGAAGUUGGAAAUCGGAGGACACUACGAAAGAGACCUCUUCCUGACUGAGAAUUCAGGAGGAUGGAUGGUGGCACAGGACUUUGCCACGUGGGUGGGCAUGACCUUCGGUUGCACCACCGAGGCAGAGAACCUGGGGAACCUCAAUGUGAUGCCACAAAACUCAGGGUUUCAGGAGAUCACCGACUCGACUUUGAGCAAGCAUGAAUUUGAGGUUCUGAAGGCUUUGGACUGGAAGGUUGAUUGGCCUUGCCUGGAACAGUGGCUUCACACGAUCUCAGCGCGCUUUAGCGUGCUCACAGGAGCCCAGAACAACGAGCAGCUUCAGAUGAUGAUGCGAUCGAUUCUGAUUUCGGCGCGCGCGAUUCUUACGACUGAAGCUCCGCACAAACUCAGCCAUGGAGAUUUGGCCAUGGGCCUCUUUGGCGCGCACGUGCUGCUGGAGCCGCUGAUGGGGACGCCAGAUGAGCUGGGGGAAGCUGGCAGAAGUGCAGCGACCUGUCCCGAAUGGUCGAAGUUGUUCAUAGCUCUCAAGCCUGGAGGAAAUGCCGAUCGUGCAUCCAGUGAGGCGUCAUCCCGGCUCCUUGAUGCAACAAAUGAGGCACAGCAAGAUGAGAAGGAGAUUGGCAAGAACGUGCAACAUGCUGUUCGAGAAUUGCAAGAUGCUUUUCGUUCGAUGCCAAUGGUCACAUGAAGGACAGAUCGGAUAGUUGGGGCACCAGGCACCAGGCAAAGUGCCUCACCGGUUGCCUGCAGGACAGAUCGGAUAGUGGGGGCACUUGCAUGGCCGGUCACCUGCAGGACAGAUCGGAUAGUGGGGGCACCAUGCCCCACCGGUCUGCAACAUGAGUGCAGUCGAUUUUUGCUCGAUUGCCUUUCGCUGCCAAUUCAUUUAAUAUCUUGUCAAGCUGCUGGUUGAGAACAUUCAGCAAGGCAGCUGCUGACAUGCGGACUUGCGGGGUAUACGAUCGUACAUGUGAUAUACCUGGCUUUUGC